AUGUUCAUCCAAAACGAACACGUCGGCGACAGAUCCCGCAUGGAGGAUUGGAGAAUUCGUGGCUACGACCCUUUGUCUCCACCAGACUUAUUACAGCAUGAGUUCCCACUUUCUGAUAAAUGCAAAGACAUUAUCUUGAACGGUAGGGAAGAUGCAUGCAACAUUUUGAAUGGUAAGGACGAUAGACUUAUCGUUGUCAUUGGACCUUGCUCUAUCCAUGACCCAGCUGCUGCUCUUGAUUACGCCACGAGAUUGCACAAGCUUGCUGAGCAACACAAGGGUGAGCUUCAUGUUGUCAUGAGAGCUUACCUCGAGAAGCCAAGAACCACUGUGGGCUGGAAAGGUUUGAUUAACGACCCAGAGAUUGACGGUUCUUUCCAAAUCAACAAGGGUCUCAGAAUCGCCAGAAAGUUGUUCGUCGAGUUGACUGAGAAGUUGCCUAUUGCUGGUGAGAUGUUGGACACGAUCUCUCCUCAAUUCUUGUCUGACUUGUUCAGUGUUGGUGCUAUCGGUGCUAGAACCACCGAGUCUCAGUUGCACAGAGAAUUGGCUUCUGGUUUGUCAUUCCCUGUGGGCUUCAAGAACGGUACUGACGGUACUCUUGGCGUUGCUCUCGACGCCGUUAGAGCUGCUUCUCACCCACACCACUUCUUAAGCGUUACGAAACCGGGUAUCGUACUGAUCGUGGGCACCGAAGGUAACCAAGAUUGCUUCGUUAUCUUAAGAGGUGGUAAACAAGGCACGAAUUACGAUGCCAAAUCCGUCCAGGAGACGAAAGACGCCUUGGCCAAGGCUAAGGUUGUUGACCCAGAGAACCCAACUCCAAGAAUCAUGGUUGACUGUUCUCACGGUAACUCUAACAAGAACCACAAGAACCAGCCUCUUGUUGCUGCUGAAAUUGCCAAGCAGAUUUCUGAAGGCGAGAACCAAAUUUGCGGUUUGAUGAUUGAAUCAAACAUCGCUGAAGGAAGACAAGACGUUCCCCCAGCCGACCAGGGCGGUAAGGAUGCCUUGAAGUACGGCUGUUCCAUCACGGAUGCCUGUAUCGGCUUCGAUGACACUGAGACGGUCUUGCAGACGUUAGCAGAAGCCAUCAAGGCCAGAAGAGCUUCAAAAUAG